CAGCCCAUUGCCAAAACUCCUCUCGCGCCGGUAGUCCCGAUCGAACGCUCAUUGUCAGCAACGCUUUUCUGAGCUUUCCUGAGCGGUUUAGAUCUCACGAUGGUGCGAGACACGAACAUGGAAAAACUUCAAGAUCUCGCUAACAGACUGCGUAUUGAGUGUGUACGAGCGACCGAGGCGGCGAAGAGCGGACAUCCGACGUCAUGUUCGUCAAUGGCAGAGAUUAUGUCCGUUCUUUUUUUCCAUACCAUGCGUUAUAAGGUCUCGGAACCACGUGAUCCGAACAACGAUAGAUUCGUCCUCAGUAAGGGUCACGCGGCUCCAAUUCUUUAUGCGGCAUGGGCAGAAGCAGGCUUAUUCCCACCAAGCGAAUUAAUGAAUUUGAGAAAAUUCGAUAGUGAUCUCGAGGGACAUCCUACUCCGAGACUUAACUUCGUGGACGUAGGAACUGGUUCAUUAGGACAAGGUCUCUCGGUUGCUGCAGGCAUGGCCUAUGUGGGAAAGAAUUACGACAAAGCCAGUUAUCGUGUAUAUUGCCUGAUCGGUGAUGGAGAAGCGGCGGAAGGUUCCAUUUGGGAAGCUCUUCAUUUUUCGUCCUAUUAUAAACUGGACAAUCUUUGUGCCAUUUUUGACAUCAAUCGUCUCGGACAGAGCGAGCCAACUUCACUGCAACAUAAUAUGGAAGUCUAUCGCAAGAGAUUGGAAGCCUUUGGUUUCAAUGCCUUGGUCGUGGAUGGCCAUGAUGUAGAAGAAUUGGCAAAGGCAUUCCAUGAAGCACAAAAUAUAAAAGGACGUCCCACUGCCAUUUUAGCCAAGACUUUGAAAGGCAAGAACUUCCCUGAAAUUGAAAACUUGGACAACUGGCACGGCAAGCCUCUGGGCAAUAAAGCAAAUGAAGUUAUUCAGCAUUUGACUGGACUUUUGAAAAAUACAGGCCCUGCUGGAUUGCAUCCACAAAAGCCACUUGUAGAUGAUGCUCCUGCUGUUGAUAUCAGUAACAUCACGCUAUCUGCACCUCCAAAUUACAAAAUCGGCGACCAAGUAGCUACCAGGCUUGCAUAUGGCACUGCUCUUGCGAAGCUGGCGAAAAAUCAUCCUCGUGUUAUAGCUUUGGACGGCGAUACGAAAAAUUCCACUUACGCCGAGAAGAUAAAAACGAUUGACCCAGCUAGAUUUAUCGAAGGAUUCAUCGCCGAACAGAACGUUGUAGGUGUUGCAAUCGGUGCCACUUGCAGGGAUCGCACCGUCGCAUUUGUAUCGGCUUUUGCAACAUUCUUCACACGCGCCUUCGAUCAGAUCCGUAUGGGCGCGAUAUCACAGACGAACGUGAACUUUAUCGGCUCACACUGCGGCGUGUCCAUCGGUGAAGACGGUCCCUCGCAAAUGGGCUUGGAGGACAUCGCGAUGUUCCGCGCGAUCCCAGGCUCCACCGUUUUCUACCCGAGCGACGCAAUGUCGACGGAGCGCGCCGUGGAAUUGGCAGCCAACACCAAAGGCAUCUGCUUCAUCCGCACCUCUCGUCCGACUACGGCGGUACUUUACAACAACGACGAACCGAUGGCCAUUGGUAAGGCCAAGAUCAUCAGGUCUUCUGCGAAAGAUCAAGUGCUCGUAAUCGGUGCCGGCGUGACGUUGCACGAGGCGAUCAAGGCGGCGGACGAGUUGUCUAAGGCCGGGAUCAGCAUCCGCGUGAUGGAUCCGUUCACGAUCAAGCCCAUCGACGCGGAAACGAUCGUGAAGAAUGCCAAGGAAGUCGGCGGCAGGAUCCUCACUGUCGAGGAUCAUUACCCGCAAGGAGGUUUGGGAGAGGCGGUUGCGUCCGCGGUUGCCUUGGAAAGAAACAUAAUAGUGAAGAUGUUGGCUGUGCAGGCAGUGCCGCGUUCUGGUCCUCCCGCAGUACUACUCGACCAUUUCGGUAUCAGCUCUCACAAAAUCCUCGCAGCGGUACGGAACAUCUUGAAAUAUUAGCGUCAUUGUUGAUCAAUGUUACGCCUCACAGGGAGAUCGUAUUGAUACUAGAAUCAGGAGGAACUCUGUACAUGUACAAAAGAUGUUUUUUAUGAAGUUACGAACCUCAAUAGUGCUGGCACAUUCCGUCUUCGAAAUAUAAUAAAAAGGCAUAAAGCAAAUAUUGGAAUCAGUAUAAUUUUGCUGGAGCAUAAUUUCGUAACAGUAAAUAUACGAAGGAAGACUUGACGCCGUUGGUUAUUGCGUCCAUCUAUCAUGUUUGAUUGACACAUUGGCCGCCAAAAAAUUUUCUAUUCAAGAAAGUUUUUUUCUUUUUCGUAGGUUUUGUUAUUUAAGUUAUAUAAAUUUAUGUUAUACAUUUUUCUUGACGUCAAUUUGAACAAGUCACUCACUGAAAAAAGUAAGGAAAUAUAUAUGGUCAGUCCUUGCUAUAUAAUUAUGAUAAAAUAUUAAUUAGAUUAUUUUUAAAUAACAAAUAUGAUAAGGAAAGAAACAAGUUAGCACAAGAAUGGGACAAAAUCAAUAAAAAAUAAAGGAACAAUAUGUAGAAGUGAUUAAAAAGAAUGGAAAACUAUCAAAAACACACAAUUUUAUUUGAGAGCGACAAGAAUAUAAUAUAAAAUAAUAUAAUCAGUAUAUACAUAUGCAUACAAAGAAUCUUGUGCUAAAUAAUUAAUAAAUAUUAAAAGCAGAUUAGAAGUGUUUAAAAUUAAAAAUAAAAAUGAAGUUUGUAAUUCUUUGAGAGAGAGAUAUCAUUUUAUUUGUUCAUAAUUAGGCAAAUUUUGCUUCUAAAUUUGAUCUAGACAGUUAACAUGUUAAUGGAAAUUAUUUUUAUAUAUCUACAGCAUUAUAAUCUAAAAAAUGGCAUAAAUUAUACUGAUUUCAAGCUAUAUUCUAAAAAAAAAGGAAACUUAAUGUACAUUGAAAGUCUAUUCUUAGCUGAGCUUAACUGAAAUUUUAUUCCAUUUUUUUCGAUGCUGAGUUAAAAGACCUGUUUUUUUUCGAAGAACUUUCUGAACUGGUGUAAUAAAUUUUUUAGAGUGAAUCAAAAUAUACUUGUUUUACUCUAAUUUAUUGCAUUAGUGUAAACUGAUUCAGAAAGUUCUUUUAAAAGAUGAACAGAUCUAUAUACUUGUUACAUUCUAAAGACAGAAAGUACAACUUAGGUUAACUAAAAAGAACAGACUUUUUGUGUAUAUAUAAUCGUAAAAAAGAUUUAUUUUCAACAUUUAGUCAAGUGUAUAGAAUAUUAAUGAUAUACAUCUUUAUUCAAUCCAAAAACUUUAUAUGAAGUAAAGUUUUGUAUACAAGUUUAUACAUUGUUUUUGUAACUUGGAAAGGUUUAUACAAGAUUUUUUGUAAAACAUAUAUCCAUAUAUAUUUGAUGUUUCAUGAAUGUUAUUUGUUGUAAAAACAAAAGAAAAACAUUCAAAUGUUCUUGUACGAAAAUAUUCUUGUACGACAAACAAAUA